UUUUUUUUUCUCCCCACUCUUUCUCUAGUAUUAUUUUCUCUUCUUUGUGUAUAGACAUGGCCUCUAGGAUACUUUCAAGAGCAACACCUCUUACUACUCGUUCAAUGCGCGAAGCUAACAAAGCUGUACCCAUUGGUUUAAGACAUUAUGCUGCUACCACUUCUGAAAAGAAAAAGUUGAAUAAAUAUAGUUCUAUUAUUACUCAACCCAAAUCUCAAGGUGCUUCUCAAGCUAUGUUGUAUGCUACUGGUUUGACGGACGAAGAUAUGAACAAGGCUCAAGUCGGUAUCUCUAGUGUUUGGUAUGAAGGCAAUCCCUGUAAUAUGCAUUUAUUAGAUCUGGCUGGCAAGGUCAAGGAAGGUGUUCAAAAAGCUGGAUUGAUUGGUUACCGAUUCAACACUGUAGGUGUUAGUGACGGUAUUUCUAUGGGUACUCGUGGUAUGAGUUAUUCUCUUCAAUCUCGAGAUUUAAUUGCUGACAGUAUUGAAACCGUCAUGGGAGGUCAAUGGUAUGAUGCUAAUAUCUCUAUUCCUGGCUGUGACAAGAAUAUGCCUGGUGUCUUGAUGGCUAUGGGUCGUCUCAACCGUCCUUCUAUUAUGAUUUAUGGUGGUACUAUUCAACCUGGAAAAUCUUGUGGUGGUGGCAAUCUUGACAUUGUGUCUGCCUUCCAAGCUUAUGGCGAAUAUGUCUCCGGUAGUAUUGAUGAAGACAAACGUUAUGAUAUAAUCCGUCAUGCUUGUCCUGGUCCUGGUGCUUGUGGUGGAAUGUACACUGCCAAUACUAUGGCCUCUGCUGCUGAAGCUAUGGGAAUGUCUUUACCUUACAGUUCAUCUACUCCUGCUACUUAUCCUGAAAAGAUCCAAGAAUGCUUGAAUGCUGGUCCUGCUAUUCUUAACUUGUUAGAAAAAGAUAUCAAACCCAAAGAUAUUAUGACUAAACAAGCCUUUAUUAAUGCUAUGGUGCUUACUACUGUUUUGGGUGGAUCUACAAAUGCUGUUCUUCAUUUGAUUGCUAUUGCUCGUAGUGUGGAUAUCAAAUUGACUUUGAAGGAUUUCCAAGAUGUUAGUGAUCGUACUCCUUUCUUGGCUGAUUUGAAACCUAGUGGCAAAUAUGUGAUGGAAGAUUUGCAUGGUAUUGGCGGUAUCCCUGCUAUUUUGAAAUACCUUUUGGAAAACAAAAUGAUUGAUGGUGAUGUGAUGACAGUUACUGGCAAAUCUUUGGAAGAAAAUUUAUACUCCCUUCCUGGACUUCCUCAAGGUCAAGAUAUCAUCCGUCCUUUAUCCGAACCUAUCAAGCAAACUGGUCAUUUACAAACACUCUUUGGUAAUCUAGCUCCUGAAGGCUCCGUUGCAAAGAUCACUGGUAAAGAAGGAUUGAGUUUUACUGGCAAGGCAAGAGUAUUUGAUGGUGAAGAAAACUUUAUUUCUGCUUUGGAAAAUGGUGAAUUCAAGGUUGGUGAAAAGGUAGUUGGUAUUAUUCGUUAUGAAGGUCCCAAAGGCUCUCCUGGUAUGAGAGAAAUGUUGAAACCUACUUCUGCCAUCAUGGGUGCUGGUUUGGGUAAAGAUGUAGCUCUUCUUACUGAUGGUCGCUUCUCUGGUGGAUCUCACGGUUUCAUCGUUGGUCAUGUCUGUCCUGAAGCUUAUGUUGGUGGACCAAUUGGUUUAGUAGAAGAUGGUGAUAUUAUUUCCAUUGAUGCCGAAACUCGUGAAAUGAACAUGCAAGUAUCUGAAGAAGAAUUGGCCAAACGUCGUGCUAAUUUCAAAGCUCCCGAACCUAAAUAUACCAAAGGUACUCUUGCUCGAUACAUCAUGACCGUUAAGAGUGCUAGUGAGGGUGCUGUUACUGAUGAAGUGUAGAUAGAUAGUUAGUUAUUUUUUUUUUGAAAUAAAAAAAAAGUAGAAUAUAGAACAUAA